AUGUCUGACGACAUUCAUGAAGAUGCAGAUUCUUCCAGUAUUAAUAUAAGACUCAGCAACAAAACAGAAAAUAUAGAUAUGAAUGCAGUUCCGAAAGGUUCUCUGCAAAGAAUGAAGCACAGUGAGAUCCAGGACAGUUUUGGGGGUCAUAAUCAUCGUCCCUACAAACUGGCUGUGGUGUUUCUUGGGCUGAUGUGUGUUCUCCUUUUGGCUAUCAUCAUAGGAGUGUGCAUUAAAAUGCAGGAGGCAAGACAUUUACAGUUUAGGUACAACAACCUGACUGAAGAGAAAGACCAGUUAGAGAUCCAUAUUAACAACUUGAUUAGAGAGAAUGCACAAUUACAGGCAAGAAACACCGCACUGAGUAAAGAUCUGGAAACCAACAUCAGUGCCAUGGCUGGUGAGCGGGAUGAAAUUCAGUCAGAUCUUUUCUAUCUCGAAUCACAUGACAUGAAGAGAAUUAAAAGUCAUGCAGUGGAUGUGACUCUGGAUCCUGACACCGCACAUGCCAAUUUCAUCCUGUCUGCUGAUGGGAAACAAGUGAGAUGUGGCGACACAAAGCAGAAUGUCCCUGACAACCCCAAAAGGUUCAGUCCUGUUGUAUGUGUCUUGGGAAAACAGGGGUUUUCCACUGGUAAAUUCUACUAUGAGGUUCAGGUCAAGGGGAAGACUGCGUGGAGCUUAGGAGUGGCCAGAGAGUCCAUUACCAGGAAGGGAGACAUAUAUGUGAGCCCUAGGUAUGGACACUGGGCAAUAUGGCUGCGUAAUGGGACUUAUGAAGCACUAGAUGAUCCCUCUGUUCCCCUCUCCCUGAAAGAGAAGCCCCAGAGGGUGGGGGUGUUUGUGGAUUAUGAGGCAGGUCUGGUCUCCUUUUAUGAUGCAGACUGUUGGUAUCAUCUCUACUCUUUUACUAAUGUUAAGUUCACUGAGAAACUUUACCCAUUCUUCUCUCCUAAUAAUAAUGAUGGAGGUAAGAACGCCGCUCCUCUUAUCAUCUCCUCAGUUCAUAUCUGCCCUAUCAAGUAA